UUGCCGUGUCAUAUCUGAAGAAAUCUGACAAUUGACUUUCUGUGAUGUAGAUCGCUCCUUGAUACGUUUCGUCUUGUUCAGAGAUAAAUUUCUUGAGUAAAUCCCGGAGAAUAGUGAGGAACCGCCAUGAUAAAGGCAAUACUUGUUUUCAACAAUCACGGGAAGCCGCGGCUGUCGAAAUUCUACCAAUAUUUUAAUGAGGACAUGCAACAGCAAAUCAUAAAAGAAACCUUUCAGCUGGUUUCCAAACGUGACGAUAAUGUGUGCAAUUUCUUAGAAGGUGGAAGCCUCAUCGGCGGAUCUGACUAUAAACUUAUUUAUCGACACUACGCCACGCUCUAUUUCGUAUUUUGUGUAGAUUCUUCCGAGAGCGAACUUGGAAUUCUCGAUUUGAUUCAAGUUUUCGUGGAAACGCUAGAUAAGUGCUUCGAGAACGUCUGUGAACUCGAUCUGAUUUUCCACGCGGAUGCAGUUCACCACAUCCUCUCGGAGCUUGUAAUGGGCGGGAUGGUUCUCCAAACGAAUAUGUCAGACAUUUUAGCUCGCAUCGAGGACCAAAAUAAACUAGUCAAGCAGGAGGCCGGACUUUCUGCAGCCCCUGCCCGUGCUGUUAGUGCAGUUAAAAGCAUGAACAUUCCCCAACAAAUUAAAGAUAUCAAACUCCCCGAUCUUCCGCAAGCGAUUAAAGACCUGAAAUUCUGACCGAGCAAUUCAACUAUUGACAGUGUUAUCCUUAAUCGAAUGUCGUCUCACAACACCUACCUGCCCAUCGAGGAAUCCUUCAAUUAUGAUUGCUACCAAGCUGAAUAUACUCCAGAAAUUAUGAAACAGCAAAUACAUUCGAUCUCGCAGCAUCAACAGAAUUACCAGAAAAAGAGCCGGAAAUCAUUUGAUGAGAGGGACCAGUACCUGUUGGACGUUACCAGCAGCAAGUCUGCGCCCCUUUCGAACAAUUCAAGCGGCGGUGGCCAAUCGAGUGCACCAUCUAAGGAUCACCAGUCAAUUUCCGGCAUCAAUACGAUUCUUCCCGAGCACGUUUACAACCAAAAGUACACCUAAAUUGCUUCGGAAGCUGUGAGCGAUGGUAGGACGAGAUAAAUUCACAAAAUAACGUAUAUAUCGAAUAAUUAUUAUUGAAAAAGAUCUUUGGAAAUAAUUUAUAAGCCAAUAAAAUGUUUUAUAUUAUAUUGA